GCAAAAAUGUCCGUAUAAUUAUAUUCCUGAUUGCGAUCUAAUCAAUAAUCCAGAUGUCUCAGUCUCAGGUGCUCUAAAGUAGCGAUUUGAUGUUACAAUUAGGUCCCCACGUCACUUGCAUGUGCUGUGCUCGAAGCACACAAUCCAGGCCGUACAAGAAGACUUGAAACAAGCAUUUGACCAAAUAUGUGCGCCAUCAUCUCAGUCGUCCUAGCCAGCAAGUGCUAGUGAUUAUUUGGUUUUGAUAUGCUAUACGUCGCCAAUGCAUCGAUAGAUGUCCAUUAGCUGACUGGUAGCACUCGCACGAUGUUCAAAAAAAGUGACUGCUACCUGCAGCAAUUGAUGUCAACCAGUCGAUAUCUAGACUUGCGUUCGGUCUCAAGAUCUGGGUCUGCAGGUAAAAGUGCAAAAAAGCUGCCCCAUACUAGACAGUUCACAUCAUGACACGAGGCCGGAAUCAGCAUAGCAUCGACACCGACCUGGCAAUAUGGUCAACUUGAUACGUGGCCUUAGUUCUAGCCAGACGCACGCACAACAGACUGGGAUCCGAAUCACACACAGUAAACUUGAGUUCAGAAUGGGUGUAUGGCGACGGGACAGCGAGCUUGGAUGAGAAUUUACAACUCUAACUUGGCAUCGCAAUCACAGAUAUAGGUAGACACUGAUGUUGGCUUCCAGCUUGUAGCGAUUGUCAUGGUCGUCCGUGAAUUAAAGUGGUCAGCAACGAGUAUUAUUCGGCACGUUGGACUGCAGAGCGAAAAAAAUUUGCGACUGGAUGCAAACUGCAUGGAAGACCGCGAGUUUGCCGAUCGCGCCCAUUUCAUGCGCGCUAUGCAUAUUGGCGUAAACAGUCUUGACUCCAGGAUGCACUCGAGUAAAGGAAGCCGAGAUCUUGGUUUGAAUCAUUUAUUACCACAAAGCCAGCUAUUGUAUACUUUGUGCACAACGUUAUUGAAGAGUGAGUGGAACGUGCGAUUCUUGUGGAGCCCAAAUUUCAUGCCCGUCGGAACAAUUACAAACCUCUCUUCAUCGUCCGUGUCAUUCGAGGAAGAUUUUUUCCUUUGGUUCCUUCUGAGAUUGAUACAAGCUAACCAAAGCUUUGUGUACUGUUGAUUUUGUGAGACACCAAGUAUGAUACAGCAUCGUAUCGAUAUGAAGGCGACGACCACAACGAGCAGUAGGAUGUAAGGAAAACGCAUUUCUUCGUAUUUACUGUAGUCGAAGUGAGUGGUCAGAGGAUGUUGACAGAAUGGAAUAUGAAUCACCGGCUCACCACCGUUCGACUGAUCUGAUGUACAGAGCCAUGAGCAAUGGCUUGACGUUCAAGUAGGAUGAUAUUUUUAAAAAGUAGCAAGUUCAAUACAAAAG